UUAAUAUUACCAUGGUCAGUGCCAUAACUAGAAUUGGUUAACAAAGUGAAAUAUGAUUUUUGACAACACUGAUUUUCCUCCUCAGAUGCUGAAGCUUUCAGAUAAAGACUUUGAAAAACUUGGUUUGACAGCAGGAGCUAGAAAGAAAAUUCAAGUUAACCUGGAAGUUCUACGGACAAGUGGCUGUUUCACCUCCAAUGGUUUAACAAUAGUGGACAUUCUUCCGUCUCCACCAUCAGACCUAACUCCUUUGCAGACCUCGACUCACUCCAAAGGCAUUUUAAUACCGUCUAGUUUUCCUGUUCAUCCACCAGCACUAAGUUACAACUCCGACAGUGAGUUUCUGCGUAGUGUCAGUGAAAGUGACAGUGCGAGUGACUGUGGCAGUGACGUGGUGUCUGAGCCAGGCACUCAGACAGGUUGUUCCAAUAUUUAUCCAAGAAAAUUUGCAGUUUUGAAUGGUUGCCGUCUGUCUUGUUACAACUGUGGCAGUCUUGGACAUGUUGGUCAGCAAUGUAUGGCUCCAAAUCUGGACAAAAAGCUGCCAAGUUAUGGUAUGUCUUCUACUUAAUUUAUCAUCUUGUCUUAUAAUAAGCAGUGUCAUAUAUUUUUUAUUAUAUAGACACAAUUGUUUUACUGGAAAAUACACCACUUGAAAAAUUCAUUUAAGAAUUUACAUCUGACACCCUAGUGGCAUAUUUUCCUUAUCCUCACUAGCAAGGACAUUGAUGAUGUCAUUUCACGCCAUUGCAUUGCGCCGCUGUAAAUCUUUGCCAACUGGCGACUGAAAGAUGGCGAGUGAUUGGGAAGUUAAGGCGGGUCAAAACAGUUUCCAGCACUUAGAUUUUGAUGGGUCAUUAUAACCACUCUUUAUCACUUGAUGCUACAAUCAUGGUAUUAAAAAACUGACCAAUGAUUGGUGAACACAUUGUUAUCAUUUUUGUGAUGAUGUAGCACAAGC